AUGAGCGUGUACAUGAGCCGCCUCUUCCCGAGGUCCAACUCGAGCUUCUUCCUGCGCAGUGGGACCGCAUUGGAGGCCAAAGUCGUGCGCCUCAGGGAGGAUAUGUACCUCCUGGACGCCGGCGUCGGCCGCCCGAGGAUCGCCACGCAGAACGAGCUCGUACGGGCCCCUAUAUCCGACGGCCCGGCCACCUUCCCCAGCCAGGUCGGCUACCUCAACCCGUCAAACGCCGAUCUGCCGGUGAAGAACGCCAUCCUGCAGCGCUGCUUCGUCGAUCUGGUUACCGGCGACUCGCGGACCAAGCAGCAGGCCGCCGCCCGGUUCGACGACAUCGUCGGUCAGAACGGCGGCGGCGGUGGCGGCGACGAGCAGCCGCUCCUCCUGCCGCGUAGGUUCAGGAAGCACCGGGCGUGGAUGGAGCUGAAGAAGCUGUGGAAGGCCAACGCCAAGGUCAAGGGUUUCGUGGCCGAGAAAGUGAGGGGAGGCUACACAGUUGGGAUCGCGGGCUACCUUGCUUUUCUCCCUGGUCGGCAGAUUCUGAAUAGGAGGUUGGUGAAUGAUAGGUUCAUCAUCGAGAGCAUUAGUCCCAAGAGUAUUGUUGUUGCCAAAGGCGGGUAA